AUGACUCAGAUCAUGUUCGAGACUUUCAACGCCCCCGCCAUGUACGUGGCUAUUCAAGCCGUGCUCUCACUCUACGCUAGUGGUCGUACAACCGGUAUUGUCCUCGAUUCAGGAGAUGGCGUGAGCCACACGGUUCCUAUCUACGAAGGUUACGCACUUCCACACGCUAUCUUACGUCUUGACCUCGCGGGGCGUGACCUAACCGAUGCGUUUAUGAAGAUCUUAACCGAGCGUGGCUACUCAUUCACCACCACGGCAGAGCGUGAAAUCGUUAGAGAUAUUAAGGAGAAGCUUUGCUACAUUGCUUUGGACUACGAGCAGGAGCUGGAGACGGCUAAUACAAGCUCCUCUGUUGAGAAGAACUACGAGAUGCCUGAUGGACAAGUGAUCACCAUCGGUGCUGAACGGUUUCGUUGCCCUGAGGUUCUUUACCAGCCGUCUAUGAUCGGUAUGGAGAAUCCAGGGAUCCAUGAGACGACGUAUAACUCUAUAAUGAAGUGUGAUGUGGAUAUUAGAAAGGACUUGUAUGGUAACAUUGUGCUUAGUGGUGGAACUACAAUGUUCCCUGGGAUAGCUGAUAGAAUGAGUAAAGAGAUCACUGCUUUGGCUCCAAGUAGCAUGAAGAUUAAAGUUGUUGCACCUCCCGAGAGGAAAUACUCUGUUUGGAUUGGAGGGUCUAUCUUGGCCUCUCUCAGUACCUUCCAGCAGAUGUGGAUAGCAAAGGCAGAGUACGAUGAGUCAGGCCCGUCCAUUGUUCACAGGAAGUGUUUCUAAGUUCCAAGUUUCCCAUAAGUUUAUGCUGCUCUUUGUUUUUGUUCUGUUAUGUUUUGGGAUUCUGACCAAAGACAUGUUCAAGAUUUUAUGUUUUUUUCUUGGUUUUAUUAGGUACUAUCUUUGAGUGAAUAAUGACACCUUUCUCUUUA